AUGCCCCCACCUGGCCCAGCUGCGGGUGGAGAAGUUCACAGGGUGAUUGGAGCAAGCACUGCGUACGCCCAACAAAGCAAGCAGGUGAGAUGGAUGACGCCUCACAAUUCAACUUUCCCCGUCGUGAUGAAUCGAUUCACGGUUCAGCGAACAAUUGCCGAUGCACGGAAUGGCCACGUCGUUCUAGCCCACGACACAGAAACAGGCGAUUGUGUCGCCAUCAAACAGAUUGACCGUCUCGCGGCAGAAGCACAUCGCUCCGUGGACCGCACGCGUCGCGGCUGUCUUGCUGACAAUACUGCUAUCGAAAAGCACGUGAACCGUCUUUUGAGCAGCCACGGGGGACACCCCCACAUCCUUCGAAUGCGGUUCGACUUUGUGCAGGAUGGACAUGAUCACAUGGUGUUUGACUACUGCCCGGGAGGUGACCUCUAUGACGCCCUUCGCAACGGCCCCCUUCUCCCCCCCAUAGCCAAGCGCUACUUUCGACAGCUCGUUCACGCCGUCGGCUACAUGCACGACAAAGGGAUCGCUCACCGCGACUUGUCCCUUGAAAACGUCCUUCUCGACCGACACCACAACUGCAAAGUGUGCGACUUUGGCCUCGCCACGUCGGCGGGAGUCCCUGUGUGCGACGAAACAGUCGGCAAGCGCUUCUACAUGGCCCCCGAAGUUGUCCUAGGCCGCACGUACAACCCGCGCCAAGCCGACGUGUGGUCCCUCGGAGUCAUUCUAUUCAUGAUGUUGACUGGCGUCCCUCUCUGGCAACUGGCUUCCCCAACCGACCCGACCUUUGAAUACUUCAAAGCGCACGGUUUGCGCAGCCUCAUUGCGAAUUGGGGGGUCGAAUUGGAUGAGUGUGCCGUCGACUUGUUGGAGCACAUGCUCGAGCCGCAACCAAUUCAACGGUACACUUUGAAACAAGUGGUCGCCCACGGCUUCCUUGGGGGACGACGGCAGCCUGCCACGAAAGCGUCAACAACACCGUCCCCAACAAAAUGGAAGAAACCUGCCCCUGCGCUGUCAUUCGUCCACCGACUAUUUAAGCACGAUGAGUCGGCGGCAUGCCCCCCGUGA